CUCAGUGCUGGCAUGCCAGAACCUUCUGUAGAUCCUCCCUCCCUUAUCCUCCUGAUCAUCUUUGGAAUUCGUCGAUCCACAUCCAUAGAAGUGGCAGCUUAGCGUCCUGAACCCGCAGUCUGAUGAGCCCAUCACCGCCGAUACUCUUCCUGCUCCUCCUCUGGACACACGGCCCAGUUCUGUUUGCAGUCCGACAUGGGCUGCCCGUCCAGGAAUAUCGACUUCCUAGUGAAGUGGCGGAGAUGCAGGUCCGUGGACAGCUGGACAGCCCGGCAACCAGCCGGUCUCCCGAGCUGGCCUUCCUAGCGGACGUGGUGGGUCAGAACCGCCUGUGGCUGAUUGUAGCCCCUACGCGCUCAGACUCCUAUUUGCGCAUGAUGGAGCAGCAGAUCCAGGACAUGGAGGCGGAGGGCCUGAACUGCCGUCUGGCGGCCAGGGACACAGUCAUCCUCACCAUCAUCCAGAACGCUAUGAUGGAGGGAACGCUGCGCCGCCACAGCUCCCAGGGAACCGCAACCGAGGAUACUCUGGAUCCAGAGACAGUCAGCAGGCUUCUCCACCACCUGCAGGUCCCAGAGCAGACCUUCUGCAUGGUCAUCUUGAAGAAGAACCUGCAGGAGAGCGUCCGGUUCCCAUACCCAGUGAGGGUGCAGGCCGUGCUGGAGGCCAUCGACCAAAUGCCCCUGCGCAAGCUGGAGCGCCUCACUGGCAAGGCCCCUCCAGUGAAGUGCAAGGUGUCCAAGAAAAAGGGGCAACGAAAGAAGAAGGCGCAGGGUCAGGGCUUCAGCGCGCUCCGGGGGAGAAAUCCCACCAUGGUGGUUAGACAGCGCAAACCCCUGGACAGGAAGUCUGCCCUGAGGAGCAAGGUACAGGACAUCCUGAGAGGCCAGUCCCGGUUUGUGAUCCGCAAGGGCUCCCACCGGCCCAGAGUCCUGCCUGGCCCCACCCAGCAGCCAGUCGGCGAGACAGCCACCCGUAAGGACAGCGCCCCCUGGCGCUCGGAGGCCAACGUGAACGGCAACAACCAGGGAGGUAAAGGGGCCGAGAGGAGAGACGGGGUGAGCUCUGUAGAGAGUCCCGGGAUGGAAAGAAGUUCUGCAAAGUCCACGAAGAAAAGCAAAGGAAAGAAGGAGAGGAAGAAGAAGAAAGAAAAAGGAAGGGGGAGAAAACUGGGGCAGAAUGCAGCAGAGAAAGAAAGAAAAGCGCUGAGGGCAUAUUUGGAGAAACAGCGAGAGAGAAUGCGGCUUCUGGUGAUCAGUGCCCCCAGUAAAGAGGGUCCGCAGUACAUCCAGCAGAGGUCAGAGAUGGAGAAGCAUGGCUGUGAGCUGGGUCUGAGGAAUGUAUCCGUGGUAACGGUCCUGGGUGACGCCACUCUGUCACUGCAGCACUGCAAUCCCGGGGCGGAGUCCUGUCAACAGCAGGCCUCUGAGGAAUCCACCAAUCAGGAGCUUAUCUCGCAGCUGCGCAGGGAGUACGCCUUGCAGCCGGGGACCUUCCACGUGGUGCUAACUGACUAUGAUCUCAAGCCACAGAAGCGUUUUGACAGCCCGGUGACUGGGACCGUGAUAAUGGACCACCUGGAUGCCCUCCCGUCAAGACAGGCUGAGCUGGGCAGGGACGGGAUGCCCUACUGGUCCUGCCCCAGCUCCCAGGACCAGGACAAAAGUGAAAAGUCUUUGCUGAGGUUUGUGUCUAAGAGGAGGCUUCUGAUCAUCUCUGCCCCCACAGAGGAUGACUACUCAUUCCAGCAGCAGCUGCAGGCCCUGGACGGACAGACCUGCCCUCUGGGAAUACGGCAUUUUGCGUUGCUGAAGCUGGUUGGUGAGGGACCCUCAGCUUCCGGCUUUGUGGAGCUCUUUCCACUAAACGGGAAAAGCCAGUCGGAGGUGGAGCGGCUCUCUGCGGAUUCGGUCAACGGGCUUCGCGAGCAGCUGAAAAUCAGCCGGGACUACUUCAGCAUGGUGGUGGUGGGCAAAGGCGGUGACGUCAGGGCCUGGUUUCCCACCCCCAUGUGGUCGAUGGCCAGCAUCUAUGACGUCGUGGACUCCACAGAGUUGCGACAGCAGGAACAGAAACUACAAGUCACCCUGGGAAUCGAGUGCCCAGAAGAUAAUGGUGGCAGGAUCGAGGACAUUGGUGAAGAGAGCUACCUCUACAGCAGGUCAGAAGACUGAGGGUGCACCAGUGACUCAGAAGGAGUCUCCCCACUCCUCACCAAAGCCACCCAGAGCUAUAACUUGGAGAAGGUGGCUGGUUUGAUGGAUGGUCAACAGCGGGCAAAGCAGUUAACUUAGUUUGUAAGAGGUACUUAACCUCACCUGCUAAGUACAAAAUCCAGAUUCACAGUGAAAAGUCACUGAAAAAGUCACUUUUGGACGAAAAUGCUGUGUAAAUAUCAUUUGCGGAAAUGUGAGACUGAGCUGCAGUUAUGGUGGGUCGUUAAGGGUGAUAUUUACUGGCAGUGUGAUUCUGUUGUCCAUGCAGAUACUUCCUCUGUGUUACUCUUCCAUAUGAAGCUGUCAGCAGCUUACCGCCAACGCCAAACUAAGCUUAUUCCCCUGAGGACAGUCCCACAUGCUUAGAACCUUCUUGCUGUAAUUUACAUCAGUUUGUUUUCUUCUAAACAUCUUAUGGUAUAGUUAACUAGUUUGUGUACACAAACAAAGUAAGCAGAGUGAAUGUAGUAAUUAAAUCAUAUAACCGUU